GUGUAGAAGCAGGAAUACGGCUUGCAUGAAGGCAUAGCAUACGCUCACCGGCCAAGCAAACAUGAAUGAAGUGAGCAUAUCAUCCGCCCGCGCGUCGGUGAUGGUGUACGACGACGUGAACAAGAAAUGGAUACCGAGUGGCAGUUCGUCUGGUCUGUCCAAGGUUCAGCUCUAUCACCACCAGGUGAACAAUACGUUUCGCGUAGUUGGCAGGAAGCUGCAGGACCACGAAAUUGUCAUCAACUGUGCGAUUCUAAAGGGACUUAAGUACAAUCAGGCCACGGUCACGUUUCACCAGUGGCGAGAUAACAAGCAAGUUUACGGGCUCAAUUUUUCCAGUAAAGAUGACGCCGAUGCCUUUGCUCGAGCGAUGCUGCAGGCACUCGAUGUGCUGAGUAAUGGUAGCAACAUAUCAAGGAGUCUCGCUCCAACAACCAACACGACUACUCAACAGCAAACCGCUUAUCAACAGCAGCAGCAACAACAACAGCAACAACAACCACAACAACAGCAACAACAACAACAACAACAACAGAGCCAGGCAACUGUUCAAUAUGAGGAAGACAUGGGAUACAGAACUAUGACUAGGGAAGACGUGGCAAUAAUUCAGGAACGUAGAAUGUCUCAGCAAAGUCAAGCAACUGGAAGUCCUAAUCCUAUAUCACCGAGCUGCCCGCCUGCUACACAGCAACAACAACAGCAACAACAACAACAACAACAAUCCGGUCAUCAUCGAACUUCAUCGGCACCGCCGGCACCACAACCGCCUCCACAACAACUACCAACCCUGCAAAGUGGUGGCGGUACGAUUCCAGCAGCUCCACAAAUGUCGGCUGGACCGGGAGUCGGUCCCCCAGUACCACCGCCCCAACCUCCGAUUGCACCUCCUGCCCCGCCUUGUCCACCGACAAUGAUGAAUUUUAGUUCGUCCGCGACACCGGCGCCACCGAUGAUGAUGAAUCAGUAUGCACAAUCGCCAUCAUCCCAAUCAAAUCAACAGUCUCAAUGUCAGUCUAUUUACGUUACUAAUCAGGCAAAUCAAUAUGGUGUUGCGCCUGUAAGCAAUCAGUACGCGAGUGGAACAGUGGUUCCUAGUAGUAACAGCGGCACUGGAAGCGGUGCGGUCUCUGUCGUGGGCCAGAGUCCGAACCAAUUUCCACCAUCUGGCAGUCAAAAUAACUUUUACGGUACUAAUAGUCAGGCGAGUAAUUACACUACUGGUGGACAGGUUAAUACAGGCCAAUAUAAUCAAUCAGUUGGCAAUCAGGCUGCGCAAUACGGUAGCAGCGGUAAUCAGUAUGGAAGUAAUAGCUCGAUAAAUCAGUACGCCGUCGGUCCGCCACCUGGUCCGGUGAAUCAGUACGCGGUCGCGCAGCCUGGUCAAUCCCAGUACGUAUCUCAGGCACAAUCACAAUAUGGCGGUACCGGGCAGGUACAAGUAGCUGCCACAGCGGGUACGACGAACCCGUAUGGGACACCGUCAAAUUCGGUGAAUCAGUACACUAACAGUGGACAUCACACAGUCAACGCUUAUGCUCCUGUUACUAAUAGUGGUCCUCCACCGCCUCCGAUGGUAUCACUGGCUGGUCCCGCUGCACCGCCUCCACCGCCACCGCCACCUGUACCUAAUGCUAACAGUUCCACCGCUGCUGCUGGUUCGUCUAUUAGUUCCUCGAAUGAUCCUCCACCUGACACCAACUCAUUAGCAGCUGCUCUUCAAGCACGUCUUAAAAAGAAACAGCAACAGUCACAACCAGUGGAGAACAGCGGCUCGAGUACUAGUAGUAGUAGCAGUGGAGGAGGCGGCAAUUAUGGCACCUUAGGGAGAGGUGGAGGCGGCGGAAUGGCCUCCAUGAUGGAUGAGAUGGCUAAGACUCUAGCACGGCGAAGGGCUGCCGCCGAAAAGAAACAACCCGAGCAACCACCGGAACCAGAAAGUUCACCGGACAAGAAAUCUUGGGAUAAAAACAAUGCGUCUAAUAAUAAGUUUCCUAAUGGCGCCGAGUCACCGAAAUCGGUUCGCAAGAGGUUCGGUUCAGCUUCUGAGGAUACUCUUCUUAAAGUAAACGGUGUUAACGACGGAACUUCGCUCACAGCGCAAGAAAUGGAGGCCUUUAAGGUGGAGAUAAUUAAAGAAGUGCGGAAAGAAUUUCAGAAAAUGAAACAAGAAAUAAUCGAUGCCGUAAGAACAGAACUGAAUAAGAGAUAAAGAAGAUAUAAUAAAGAAGAGAUAGAAGAUACAAAACCGAGCUCUCAAAACCGAAAAGAAACAGAAAAAAUUUGAAGCAAAACAAAAAAUUUCAAGAGAGAGUUAUGUGACUAGAUUGCUCGAUAUCAAAGCGAUAUCAUUGAGAACUACGUACAGGUUUUUACAAUAUAUUUACGAGAAUGUAAUGCGUUUAUACAUUCAUGUAUAUCGAACAUUUAUAUAUAAGUAAAUUAAUCGUAGCGUCUUAAG